AUGAAUCAAAAUCAAAAUCUAGUAUCUAUUAAGUUGAUAAUCUCUUGUCCUCCUGAUUAUGAAUGCAAAUCAAUUUCAUCAAGAAAAUGGAAUCAUACAUAAUAAUAAAAACCCUAAUAUAUAACAUAGAAAGGAGACCAAAGUAUCUAAUGUGAGGAAGUGAAAAAAAACUCACAAAUUUACCAAUUUAAAUCAGCAACAUAAUUAUGGGUGGUCUUAGUAAUUGGAUUUUAAUCAUAAGAUAUUGCAUUUGAAAUGCAUGAUACUUUUUUUCGAGUAUUUACACUAAGAAAUUUCUAAGAGAUAGUAUGUAUGUGUCAAUUUUUAAAUAUAUCAAUUAAUAUAUGGCAUUACCUAACAUUGAAGUAAAAGUAUUUCCAUUAUGAAAUUCUUUCUAAUUAUUCUAAUCAAAUUUAGAGCAAACUAAUUAUUAAAAACCCAAAUCUCCUUUCAUUAAAAUACUCUUCACUUUUGUUUACUUGA